CAAGAUCGGACUACCUAAGGCGGAAGGAUGAGCAUGAACGCCGAAUUGCUGCUGAGGCUUUAGAAUGGCAGGUAAAUCCCCUAGGACUCCCCACGUAGCGUGAGUGUCCGGAGUGUCGUUGUGGUGACCGUUGUCAGGUCAUAAGGUCCGUAAGGCACCGAACUCGAGGACAAAGGUGUUUCGUGUGUCCAAACAUUGUCGACGAUGAUUUCGUGGUAAUUACAACUAUUCUUUUCAUCACUCCUCUGUACUAUCAUUAACUUAACUAUCCCCACAAUGGAUGUACAUAGGAGGAUGUAAGGAAAUGUCAAUUCGUACAAUGGAUUGACACAGUCAGAGUUACUUCCAGUGGCGGGCCGAUAACGUAACCUGAACCGACCACACAGUUCAUUCAUGCUUGGAUGGAGUACGAACGUCGGGUGAAAAUUGCAAGCUUAGACUGGAGGAACAAUCCAUUAGGGUUACCUAGCUGGUCCGAGCGUCCAAAGUGUGGGUGCAGAGAUCGCUGCCAAGUGGCUACCACAUUUGCAGAACAGACAUUUGGAAGGAGAUAUUUUGUCUGCCCCAAUGUAGACAACAAUUUCGUUGUAUGUCUAACCGUUUCCAAAAUCUGCUAUGAUUUGCACAAAAUUUCUACCCAAACUGAAUAACAUUACUAUUUUUUCAUGGCAAUCCAAGGAUGUGUGGAUUUACUCGGUGGAUCGACAAUGUCACUCCAUCAUAUCAUGGCCAAAAGAUAGCAGAGUCAGAAACACAAGUAGAGUAUCAACGAUUGAAGGACCACGAGAAUGCAAUGCAUAUUGACCAACCUAGAAGGGGCUGAUAGGUUACCACAGGCUAGAUUCGUCGGGACCGACAAAUUUGUAUCGUGUAUCGAUGGCACUUCUUACCUAUCUUAUCAUUACAAUGUUUAAUUAUGAUGGUGUAUUUUUGUAUGCGUAAGACUAAAAAAUAAUAAAAUUGGAUUUUACCAAUCUUUGAGAUUUUAAUCUUGUAUUGAGUUUUCAAUAUAAAAGAUUGGAUAACUAUUGAUAAUUAUAAAAAUAUCUAUUUCUCAAAUAAAGGGUUGCACAGUGUAAAAUCGCCCUCCCCCAGGGCGGAAAGGGGGCCGCCUGCAAAAUUCCAGGCCCCCUCGCCGCCCAUUUGCAGGCGGCCCCCCGCACAAUGUAAAAUCGCCCUCCCCCAGGGCGGAAAGGGGGCCGCCUGCAAAUUUCCAUGCCCCCCUCGCCGCCCAUUUGCAGGCGGCCCCCCGCACAGUGUAAAAUCGCCCUAGCGGAGGGCGGCAAGGGGGCCGCCUGCAAAUUUCAUUGACGGUCGUCGCCCGAGAGUGAACGGACGUCUGCCACGUCACAUUUGCCGCCCUCUGGGAGGGCGAUUUGCCUCCCAGAGGGCAGCGGACGACUACUUCUGUCAAUUUUUGAAAUACAAAAUUAUUUUUGUAAAUCUUUUAAUAAAAAAAAUUAAAAAUAAAAAAAUUCCCGGUUUUUCUGGGCCAAUUGGUGGGCUUCCAAGCAGGCCAAUUGGUGAGCCCCUCAUACUUGUCAAUCUGGUCGUCGUCACCAACGACCUGCCGGCCACCCGGCCGCGCGCGUUUGAUGACGGACAUGACAUCCACCACCAACCAACCGAUCAAUCGUGUCGCGCCGCCUCAACUCCGCCAGUUCGCCCCCUCCACGUCGACCCAUUCUUGUAGUGGCGGCCACGACGACGCGCCCAGCCAUGGCGAUCCAUACAAUAUCCCCUCCCGAUCGAACUUGCUGCCGGCCGGCUGCAUUGUCUCCGGCCUUAAAACUCCAGCAACACGUACGACGAACACCCCGUCGACGGCAUGGAGCGAAACUGAUCGGAGAGAUCGAGCAGCGGCGGCCGGCGGUAUAUAUAUGGAGGAGGCGGGGAGCUUCGACGCCGCCGGCGUGUACCCGAUGACGCUGCCAAGCCCGAGGAUGGUCGUACCGGCGAAGGAUCAGUCGCCGGACAAGCCGUCGGGCUUCAGGAAGAGCAUCAACCCGAUCUACGCCGACGCCGUCGUCGUCGACAUGGCCGCCGCCGCCGCCCGUCCGUCCAGGACGGCGGCGGCGGCCGCCGUCGAAGACGACGACGAUGGCGGCGCUGCUCCGGCGCUGGUGCGGCGGCACACGGGCGGCGCCGGGGACGGGAGGUGGGAGGCGAUCCGGGCGGCGAGCGCGCGCGAGUCGCCGCUCAGCCUGGGACACUUCCGCCUUCUGCGGCGGCUCGGGUACGGCGACAUCGGCAGCGUGUACCUCGUCGAGCUCCGCGGCGGAGGGAGCGGCGCGCUGUUCGCCAUGAAGGUGAUGGACAAGAGCUCGCUGGUGAGCCGCAACAAGCUCGCCCGCGCGCAGACGGAGCGCGAGAUCCUCGGCCUCCUCGACCACCCCUUCCUCCCCACCCUCUACUCCCACUUCGAGACCGACAAGUUCUACUGCCUCCUCAUGGAGUUCUGCUCCGGCGGCAACCUCCAUUCCCUCCGCCAGAAGCAGCCCAACAAGUGCUUCUCCGAGCACGCCGCCAGGUUCUACGCGUCGGAGGUGUUGCUGGCGCUGGAGUACCUGCACAUGCUGGGGGUGGUGUACCGCGACCUCAAGCCGGAGAACGUGCUCGUCAGGGAGGAAGGCCACAUCAUGCUCUCCGACUUCGACCUCUCGCUCCGCUGCUCCGUCAGCCCGGCGCUGGUCCGCUCGCCGUCGGGCCGUGUCGGUGCCGGCGCCGGACUGGUGCACGGCUGCGUGCUCCCGCGGAUUCUCCCGAGAAGGAGCGGCAAGAAGAAGAAGAAGCAGAAGGGGAAUGACCAGGAGGUGACGUCAGCGACCGGCGACGGCAACGGCAAGAACAGGCCGCCGCCGGCGACGUCGCUGGAGUUCACCGCGGAGCCGACGGGGGCGAGGUCGAUGUCGUUCGUGGGCACGCACGAGUACCUGGCGCCGGAGAUCAUCCGCGGCGAGGGGCACGGCAGCGCCGUCGACUGGUGGACGUUCGGCGUGUUCCUGUACGAGCUGCUGCACGGGACGACGCCGUUCAAGGGCUCCGGCAACCGCGCCACGCUGUUCAACGUCGUCGGCCAGCCGCUCCGGUUCCCGGACGCGCCGGCGGCCAGCGCCGCCGCCAGGGACCUCAUCCGCGGCCUGCUCGUCAAGGAGCCCCAGUCCAGGCUCGCCUACCGCCGCGGCGCCACCGAGGUCAAGCAGCACCCGUUCUUCGACGGCGUCAACUGGGCGCUGGUCAGGAGCGCCAUGCCACCCUACAUCCCGGAGGCGGACGUCGCCGCCGCCGCCGUGGACUGCCGCUCGCCGCUCGCGCGCGCGACGCAGGGCGGCGGAACGCCGAAGAAGAGCGCCGCCGGUGGGAAGGCCAGCUCGCCACGGGAUGAUCCGUCCUACGUUGAAUUCGAGUACUUCUAGGAGAAAAGAUCGAUUAUUAUCGCGUUAAUUGUUUUUUCGUUGGAUUUUUGUAUUUCAUAUAUUUGCUCGGAUCUUUCAUGUGAAAUAUGCCAAAGUUAAGGCAUGCUGUGCUUAAUUAUGUAGAUUGUCCUCUUUCUUAAACUGAGAUUUUUUUGCCGAUUCCUGCAGAAAUUAUAACACUGUAAAAUUCCAAUGAAA